GAGUCUAAUUUUCUACAAUGUUCGGCAACAACACUAUGGCAAAAUGUCUAGUGACAUUUUUGAUUUUCAGUUCUGUGGUUGACCUUAGCACCCAAGCACCUCAACAAUUCAACAUUUUACAAAGACUGCAGUCGCUUUUCGGAAUCAGCAGAGGAACUGUGGAUCUUUACGUGACCGCUGGACCACCUGGUAUCAGAAGACGACCACAAGGCCAACCUGUUUCUAAUCCUGGAAUCCAACCACCUCUUACUCCUUUUAGAGGAAAAUAGUUUUCAAUGAAAAAACCUACUUCAAAAUAUAAAAACCUAAACAAUUAUUCCAUGUGUUUCAUAUAAACCGUUUCACUAUUAUA